UUCUGAACCCGGAAGUACUCGGCUGAGCGCGGAGGCAGCCGGAAGGCGAGGCUCUGCGGGUGGGCGCCGCAGCUGCAGGAUGGUCGGCGGCGGCGGGAAGCGCAGGCCCGGCGGGGAGGGGCGCCAGUGUGUGAAGGCAGAUGAUGCGAAGAAAAGUAAAUCCUGUGAAGCUGAUGUCUCCAGUGAUCUUCGAAAAGAAGUAGAAAAUCAUUAUAAGCUCUCCCUUCCUGAAGACUUCUAUCACUUCUGGAAGUUCUGUGAAGAACUUGAUCCUGAAAAGCCAGCUGAUGCACUUUCCACAAGCCUUGGACUACAGUUAGUGGGUCCUUAUGAUAUCCUCGCUGGAAAACAUAAAAUGAAGAAAAAAUCAAUAGCCUUGAACUGUAAUCUUCACUGGAGGUUUUACUAUGAUCCUCCUGAGUUCCAGACCAUUAUUAUUGGUGAUAAUAAAACUCAGUACCACAUGGGGUAUUUCAGAGAUUCUCCUGAUGAACUUCCUGUAUAUAUUGGUACAAAUGAAGCAAAGAAAAAUUGUAUAAUUGUUCAAACUGGAGAUAAUGUGUUUGCUGCAGUCAAAUUAUUUUUGAUGAAAAGGCUUAAAGAAGCAACAGAUAAAAAGAAAGUUAGUUUCUUGAAAAACAUAGAUGAAAAACUCACACAGACAGCAAGAAAAUUGGGGUACUCCCUGGAACAGAGAACCGUGAAGAUGAAACAGAGAGACAAGAAAGUUGUGACAAAGACCUUUCAUGGUGCAGGCUUGGUUGUUCCAGUAGAUAAAAAUGACGUUGGGUACAGAGAACUGCCUGAAACAGAUGCUGACCUCAAGAAAAUUUGCAAAACCAUUGUUGAGGCUGCCACUGAUGAAGAGAGACUAAAAGCCUUCGCUCCCAUCCAGGAAAUGAUGACUUUCGUGCAGUUCGCUAAUGACGAAUGUGAUUACGGCAUGGGGCUGGAGCUAGGGAUGGACCUCUUUUGCUAUGGAUCACAUUAUUUUCACAAAGUGGCUGGGCAGCUUUUACCUCUUGCAUAUAAUCUGUUGCAAAGAACUCUGUUUGCAGAAAUUAUCGAGGACCACCUGGCCAACAGAAGUAAAGAGAACAUAGACCAGCUGGCAGGAUGAGUGAGUUUGCUUGAGUGUACCGUGUUUUAAACCAUUAGUAGGGAAUGUGAGGGGUGUUUGUUUGUUUGUUUUUAAGGAAUACAGAAAAUAAACUGAGGAAAACAUUUACUAAAAAUUUUCA